GGUACAGUUAGGGUUUCACGUCUCGUCGAAACCUGGUGGUACCUGAAAUAUUCAAUUCUGGUUUGGACGUCAUUGUGAAAAACCAGCCUCCAUUUUAGUUCAUCGCACCACAAAAGGAGGCAAAAUGGGGAAAGAUGACGAGGUGAUUCCCUCAGGAUCUAGUAAAGUGGAUCUUGUUGAAGCGGAUGAAGAUGGAGAUGAAAACGUCGAACGAGGAAACUGGGGCAACAAAUUUGAGUUUCUACUCUCGUGUACCGGGUAUGGGAACGUCUGGCGCUUCCCGUACCUGUGCUAUCGCAAUGGUGGAGGUGCUUUUCUGAUCCCAUACGUCAUCAUGUUGGCGUUUGCCGGUCUACCCUUGUUCUUCCUCGAAGUCAGCUUUGGUCAAUAUUGCAGUCUGGGACCCAUCUCGUGUUGGAGGGCGGUGCCAAUGUUCAGAGGACCAACCACUACUCAAAAGAGAUUUACACAUGGUGCUACUGCAAUAAACUCACCAUAA